AUGAAUGGAAAAACGAUUGGAAUGAUGCUUUGGACUAGUUAUGAUACUAAGGAUACACUUGAUCUACUUCCUAUUGAUUCUGAAAAUCAAUCAAUAAAUUAUUCAUACAAUGGAAUGGAUAUUGAGUGCAGAAUUUCAAUGCAUCCAACAAAAGGAAUUCCGGUCAUAUGGUGUGAUAACAAACACAAGAAUAUUCUACCACUGGCAAUUCAUCAUUCAAUUUGUCAAGUGUUCAAUUUGAUCGAUACAAUUCAAAUCUACGUUGAAUUCAGAGAAUUAUCAGACUUCCCGAAAAUUAAUCGAGUUGAUAACUUACGAGAAUAUGGAUUUUUCGUUGAUAAGGCAGAAGAUUAUGAAGACUUUUUCGAAAAAGUAGAAAUAACAAACUACCUCCAAGUAAGCUAUCCGUAUGCAAACGUUAGAAUAAAAGAAGAUUCUAAACUACUACUUACGAAACACUUGGGAUGUGAUGGUUGUUUCUGGUUAACUAUGAACCAUCUGAUGAAUUUCAACGGAAAAACUGUGGUGAAUAAAAGAACAAGGGGCAUCAAUUCAUAUGGAGUCAUUGACUUUCUGAACAAUUGGAUGAAAGGAGGAAAUCCUAAUUUGGAGAUGAUGUUGAUAGUAGAAACCUUAUCUUCUAAUGCCUUCGACGCUUCUAUCAUUCAAAAGAAUUUCAAUUUCAAGCCCUGGGAUCCGAAGAAAAGAGGCAGCAGAUUCACGUACACUGCAUUAUAUCCACAUGUUUCGAAAACUGACAUUCUUGAUUGUACGAAUGCAAUGGAUCUCGAGAGAAAGACUGAUAAUAAACUGGCAACUGUUAAAAUCGAAAAGGAAUCGUUCAUCUUUUUUGUCUGGAAUGAUCCUUUUCCAAUUUCUGUGUUAUCAGAUGUCAGAUUAGGAAAGGAUCCCAAAACUGGAGAAGAGUUUCAUUACUAUUCCUAUGGGAAAAACCAGUUUUAG